GGGAGCACCCCUUCGAGGGAGGGAGGAAGGGAGGGAGGGAGGGGAGGGAAGGGUGUUUGAGUGAUAAUGUGUUGAAGAACGAGGGGUUGUAGAGGAGAGGUACACCCUAUCACUACUUUAAGAGCUCUGCCCCCUUCAGCCAACAUCCCAGCUGCUCCCUCUCUUCUCUACUCCUCCUCUCUCCAUCCUGGCGAAUGGACAAACACAGCCUGAAAAAAAGAGAUAGAGAGACGGAUGAAACACAUGGCAACAAUACAGGAGUUUAAUAAUCAGACUGGGGAGAUAGCAGCUUGUUUCCAGGAGGGGGUCGUCCCAUCUGAACACCGCGGAGAGAAAAGACCGCAAUCAUCUCUUCCUGCUUGUGUGUGUAAGAGUGUAUGUGUGUUUUGUGUAUCUGUCCAGACAGACAGAGAGCAGUGGAAUAGCAGGAGGUGGGUUUCGGGGAAGACAGAUCCAUUGCAACAGAGAUUCUCUGACAGCAGCUUCAAGGAGAGCAACACACUGUGGAUAAAUUGAGAGUUUGCAACUGAGGGAAUGAGAAGGCGUUGAAGACAGAGAGAGACCUGAGAAAGUCAAGGAGGGAGAGAGAAAGACUCUUUUGGUGUUCUUGUCUGCUAAAGUGUGACGACCCUCUCCACUUACCCUUCUCCCUCUCCCUCACUCCUCUUCCCCCUCUUCUCCUCCACUCUCCUCCCACACUGUCCUCGUCUCACCUGAGAUGGGCCGGCUGCUGGCCCUAGCCCUGGCCUACCUGGUGUACCUGUCCACUGCAGUGAUUGGCUCAGAGAAGAAGCAGCACCGGGUGCAACAUGGACCCUGCAGUUACACCUUCAUCCUCCCCGAGGUGGAACACUGCCAACCCCUCCAAGACUUCCAGGUCACCAACUCCCUCCAGAGGGACUCCCCACCACCGCCAGCCCCCGACCCAGGAUCGAGUCACCCUGAGCAAGACAAAGCCCAGCCCGCUAGGCCCUCGUGGCAGGAGAGGAAGCUGGAGAGUCUGGAGAGCUCCACAGAGAAUAAUACACAGUGGUUACAGAAGCUGGAGAGGUCCAUCCAGGAGAACCUGCGUUCUGGGAUGGAGGAGAUGAAGAGGAACGCUGUUCACACCCAGACGGCGGCCAUGUUGGAGAUCGGGACUAACCUCUUCAGCCAAUCAGCCGAGCAGAACCGCAAACUGACAGAUGUGGAGACCCAGGUGCUGAACCAGACCAGCAGAAUGGAGAUCCAGCUGUUGGAGUAUUCUCUGUUCACUAACCGUCUGGAGAAACACGUCCUGCAGCAGAAUCAGGAGAUCUCACGACUCAACGAUAAAAGCAGUUUGCUAGAGCAGAGGUUCUCAGUUUUAGAGGCCAGGCACGUUAAGGAGCUCCAGGGUCUUCAGAGGGAGAGACAGCAGCUGCAGGACAUGCUGGAGAGACAGAGGCGCCUGGUCACCCAGCUACAGGGAGAGCUGGGGACCUCCACACACAACAGCUCACUACUGCAGAAACAGCAGGCUAUACUGACUGACACAGUGCAGCAGCUGCUCGCCAUGGUCACCCGCUGCAAUGAUAUACCCACUACACCCAAAGAGGAGGCAGUGAUCUUCAGAAACUGUGCUGAAAUCUUCAGAUCUGGGCUCACAGAGAAUGGUGUCCACAGCAUACGACCCCCCAACUCUACCCACACAGUUAAGGUGUUCUGUGAUAUGAAGACGAGAGGUGGGGGCUGGACCGUGCUGCAGCAUCGUAGAGACGGAGCUGUGGAUUUCCACCGUGGAUGGAAGGAUUACAAGAUGGGUUUUGGGGAUCCCUCGGGAGAGUACUGGGCAGGAAAUGACCUCAUCCAUCUGCUGACCAGCUCCCAGGAGUACAGUCUCCAGGUGCAGCUGAAGGAUAACGAGGGGAACGAGGCCUACUCCCACUACGAUCACUUCUAUAUAGACGCAGAGGACAAAAACUACAGUCUCCAUGCCCAGGGAUUCAGUGGUACUGCUGGCCGCACCAGUAGUCUGACCCAGCCUGGGACCCAGUUCAGCACCAAGGACCGAGACAACGACCGUUGCUCCUGCAAGUGUGCCCAGAUGUCAUCUGGAGGUUGGUGGUUUGAGGCGUGUGGUCCCUCCAACCUGAACGGUAUCUACUACGCUGGCGUCUCCAACGUGGUCCGUUACAACGGCAUCAAGUGGUACUACUGGAAGGGCGCCGGCCUCAUGGCUACCAUGACUACCAUGAUGGUUCGACCCGCAGGCUUCUGAGGGAUAACAGCUGCGAUAACUGAUGAUUUCAGCGGGAAGCGACUGAUGACAACACCCUGACUGACUAAAUUACUGACUGAUGAGCAAAUAAUGAAGUUUGACAGACAUUUGAGUGGAGAUUUUAGAAAUGUUUGACUGAUGAACAUUUUCAAAGUUUUUUUUUUCUCCCAAAAUGUUUUCGGUUGGCCUCCCGAGUGGUGCCGUGGUCUAAGGCACUGCAUCACAGUGCUAGCUGUGCCACUAGAGAUUCUGGGUUCGAGUCCAGUCUCUGUGGCAGCCGGCCGCGACCGGGAGACCCAUGGGGCGGCGUGCAAUUGGCCCAGCGUCGUCCGAGUUAGGGAGGGUUUGGGAUGUUCUUGUCCCAUCGCGCUCUAGCUACUCCUGUGGCGGACCGGGCGCAGUGCACGCUGACCAGGUCACCAGGUGCACGGUGUUUCCUCCGACACAUUGGUGCGGCUGGCUUCCGGGUUAAGCAGGCAGUGUGUCAAGAAGCAGUGCGGCUUGGUUGGGUCGUGUUUCGGAGGACGCACGGCUCUCGACCUUCGCCUCUCCCGAGUCCGUACGGGAGUUGCAGCGAUGAGACAAGACUGUAACUACCAAUUGGAUACCACGAAGUUGGAGAGAAAAAGGGGUAUUAAAAGAUUAAAAAAUAUAAAAACAUGUAUUCUGUUUUAGAUAUUUUCCCUACUAAAAUGGCACAUAGGCUUACGACAUAAACAUGUGUUUUUCUAAUGUAAUUGUACGUACUGUGCCUUCAGAAAGUAUUCCCUGUAGCUAAGGACUUACCUAAGGACUUGACUUAUUCCACAUUUUAUUGAGUUACAGCCUGACUUCUGAAUGAAUCAAACAUAUUUUUUCUCACCCGUCUAUGUACACACCAUAAUGACAAAGUGAAAAUAUGUUUUUAGAAAUUGUAGCAAAUUUUUGAAAAUUAAAUACGGAAAUAUCUCAUUUUGCCUAAGUAUUCACACCCCUAAGUCAAUACUUUGUAGAAGCACCUUUGGCAUCGAUUACAGCUGUGAGUUUUUCUGGGUAAGUCUUUAAGAGCUUUCCGCACCCAUUAUUCCUUUCAAAAUUCUUCAAGCUUUGUGAAGUUGGUUGUUGAUCAUUGCUAGACAGACAUUGUCAGGUCUUGCCAUAGAUUUUCAAGUAGAUUUAAGUCAAAACUGUAACUUGGCCACUCAGGGACAUUCAAUGUCGUCUUGGUAAGUAACUCCAGUGUAGACCUUGUGUUUUAGGUUAUUGUCCUGCUGAAAGGUGAAUUUGUCUCCCAGUGUCUGGUGGAUAGCAGACUGAACAAGGUUUUCAUCGAGGAUUUUACCUGUGCUUAGCUCCAUUCCAUUUAUUUUUGUCCUAAAAAACACCCAGUCCUUAACGAUUACAAGCAUACCCAUAACAUGAUGCAGCCAAAACUAUGAUUGAAAAUAUGGAGAGUGGUACUCAGUAAUGUGUUGUAAUGGAUUUGCCCCAAACAUAACGCUUUGUAUUCAGGGCAAAAAGUACAUUUCGUUGCCACAUUUUUUGCAAUAUUACUUUAGUGCCUUAUUGCAAACAAGAUACAUAUUUUGGAAUAUUUUUUAUUAUUUUCAAAACUAUCCUGUCAUUUAGAUGAGAUAGUCAUUCAAAAAUCAUGUUAAACACUAUUGUUGCACACAGAGUGAGUCCAUGCAACUAAUUAUGUGACUUGUUGAGCACAUUCUUACUCCUGAAUUUAUGUAGGCUUGACAAAACAAAGGGGUUGAAUACUUACAGUAUUGACUUUUCAUGUAUAUUUAAUUUGUAAAAAUUUUGAAAAAACAUAAAUUCCACUUUGACAUGAUGCAGUAUUAUGUAUGACACAAAAUCUCAAUUUAAUACAUUUUAAAUUCAGGCUGUAAACACAACAGAAUAUGGAAAAGGUCAAGGGGCGUGAACCCUUUCUGAAGGCUCUGUACGUUAAGGAUCAUGGUCUAUUGAGGCGAGAGAACUUUACCAGAAACUCGUUCUGUCUGUUUCCUGCUCUGCCACUCUGCGAUGAUUGUAAACCCUUUUUUUUUUAAGGAGAUAAUUAUCCUCAUAAAAGUGCAUGUUUUAACAAGCUUAUUUACUCUCCCAACUGUAAAUAAUAAAAGUUAUUAUUUUAAAAGAAAAAAGCGGUCUUUGGCUGCAUCCACGCCAAAUAGGUUUGUGUGUACUUUGUCACCGUUUCCAGUGUGUUACUGUCACGCCCUGGCCUUAGUAUUCUUUGUUUUCUUUAUGUUUUUUAGUUAGGUCAGGGUGUGACAUGGGGAAGGUAUGUGUUUUUGUAUUGUCUAGGGGAUUUGUAUGGUAAAGGGGUCAGUGUCUUGUCUAGGUGUUUGUAUGUCUGUGGCUGCCUAGAUUGGUUCUCAAUUAGAGGCAGCUGUGGUUCAUUGUCUCUGAUUGAGAGCCAUAUUUAAGGCAGUCAUAGGCAUUGGGGUUUUGUGGGUAAUUGUCUAUGUUGAACGUUUGUUGCUUGUCAUUGCACUUACGUCAUUUAGCUUCACGGUUGUUUUGUUUAGUUUGUAUUCAGUGUUCGUUUCAUGUUUUUCCUUUCUCUCAAUAAAAGAGAAUGUAUUUUGCA